UCUCUGUGUUCCUCAGACGACGCCAGAUCUGCGGCCUCCGGUGGCGGCACCUCUCGCAGCGCCAGCCGCAGGAAGAGGACCAGCUUCUCCAAGGAGCACGUGGAGCUCCUGAGAGCCACGUUUGAGACCGACCCGUACCCGGGAAUCAGCCUCAGAGAGAGCUUGUCCCAGACCACGGGCCUGCCAGAGUCCCGCAUUCAGGUGUGGUUCCAGAACCGAAGAGCUCGCACGCUGAAGUGUAAAGGAGCCAAGAAAGCUCUGUGGCAGUCUGACAGUCCGGGGCACAACUCUUUCCACGCCGCUGCCAGGGCGGGGGCACUUCGACCUCACGACCCCCCACCGGCCUACCCGUCCCGAGUGAAGCAGGAGGUGGAGGAGGGCAGCUAUUAUGGGCAGUGUCCUGCUGCUUAUGCCAACGCCCAGGAGCACGCACACUUCAGUUCCCUGUUUGGGCAUCAGCAGGGGGGGCAUCUGGACACCAGCUCUCCUCUGGGGGGCUACUGGCCUGGCAGUCCGAGCGGCCCGGCCUCCCCCCCAUGGGGAAAACCUUUGCAGAUGAGCAGCUUCAGUUCCAUGCAGCAAGCAUUGAUGUUCACGGGAGAGCCGCAGACGUAUGCGACCCCCUCCACGCCCCACUCCUCCAUCCCAGACACGCCCGACUCUGGAUACUGGGACGCCUGCUUGGAGAACAGCCCACCAACCGGGGGUCCGUUCAGCCAGCUGGAGGAAUCCUGCAGCAGGGCUGCUCUGGAGGACAGCAGAGAUCCAGCAGCAGUCCAGCACGCCCCCCUGCCGGUGCUUUCGCUGCAGGAGAUCCUGUGGGAGCUGAAUGAGAGCUGGCUGGGGGGUGAAGGACUGGAGGGGUGCACUGUGGGAGACCAAGCCUCUUCCUGAGGCUGAGGGAUGUACUGUAGUUUAAGAGAACGUCUGCCUGAGGAAUCCCAAUCAAUCAAUCAAUCAAUCAAUCAAUCAAUCAAUCAAUCACUGCCCCCCCCCUUUGUAUUUAUUCAUCUUCUGAUUAUUUAAGUCUAUUUAUGAUUUCUGCAAAUAAAAGUGGAUGUGUUAUAAUAUCGGUUUCUUUUUACAUUCAAGA